GCGUUCGUCCUCACUCAACGCGCAGUUGAGCCGCAAGUUCGCAGGAGUGACCCCCCGCGCCAUCCAGCAAAUCCGCAAGGUUGAGCCCGACUUGCUGCAAGUUUCAGAGAGCCAGAUUUUGUAGACACUUCGAGAACGCACCCAUCGCGGAAGCAUGGAUCCGAGCCGCAACCAGUGCGACUGUCGAUUCUGCCCGGAGUGUCAGAAGAGGAUCCGUGCAAACCUGCCGGCAUGGCUGCAGCAGCAGCCGGGCCUCAAGGAGCUCGAGGAACAGAAGCAGAAGUCUGAAGAAGCAGGACAAGCCGGCUUUCCGGGCGCCGCUCUUCUGGCGACUAGAGCUUCGGCCGCUGCCGAACGGAUUGUCGCCUCUGCCGUUGGGUUUCGCCCAGGCGGUAGUGAGAGCGGCGACUCGACGGACAGCAGUCCUAAAACGGACACAUCCGACAUGGACUUCGGCCUGGAGAUUCCGAAGGACCGGCCUUCGAAUGAAGGACAGGCCUCGAGCUCUAAGUCUGCUGGCCAAUCUGGAGGAGAGGAGCCAGGCCCGUCCGGAGCCACUGGUUCUGGAGGCAGUGAGCCUUCUCCUGCCGGUCCGUGAAGAACUUCGCGGCCACCAAGUGCAGCGCCACAACGAGCGUCCUCUGCACCAUUGAUGAAGCGAUGCGCGCUGCAUUUCUCAAGAGGUUUCAUCUUUAGACAAUAAACGUGCAUUCGUUUCUGUAA